AUGAAAUUAGCUUCACUUUUGUCCCUUUUCCAGUUUAAAAGGACUAAUGAACCAGUACCGGUAGAAGAGAAGAACAAUUUUGAGCAUGAGGUGUACUUGGAGCCAGUACAGCCAGAACAAGAGGAAACGAUUGUCACCAAGGAGGUUGAGGUAAAUUUGGAGCCAAUACAGCCAGACCAAGAGGAAACGAUUGUCACCAGGGAGGUUGAAUCAAAGCAAAAACCAGCAGUUAGGAAUGCAUCCAAAUCCAAGUUGGCUCAACUUGUUGAGGCAAGAAUUCUUAAAGAACGGAAAAUGAAGAUGAAAAAAAGUCGAGCUAAAGAAGAAGAGACAAAAUCAUUACUAGCAGCUCGUGAAAGUCUUGUAAAAGUGCCCUUGAAAACCAAUUUAGUGUCCGAUAAGAAUAAUGUUUAUAAAGAAAGAGCACAACAAGGAAAAACCAUAUUGGAUCAGCAAAUUGUAUCCUCAAUGGAGAAUGUGACCAAAGACCGUCGACCGACAACCACCACCACCACCACAACAACAACAACAACAACAACAAAGCACAGUGAAAACUGUAUCCCAGAAACGAGCUCUCUCAAAGUAGUUAAUUCGACUGGGCCAUUGUUUAUUCAGAAAAAAGAAACGUUGAAAAGCAGGCAAAAAAUGUGUGAGUUUGAGCUAUUCAAUGAGUACAGACAUAUGAAAUCAAGUCGAAGACCACCAAGUCCUGACGACCCUAAUGGAAUUGCACCGCAACAGGACAAUUUGGAUACAUUAAACUCACCUCCUCCAAAGGCCUGUUCUGAAAAUAUAUGUGAUAAAAAGGACCAACUAGAGCCCGAAGUAGUAGUAGUAGAAGAAGAAAAAGUUACAAGAGUAUCCCAACAAAAGUCCACUAGGAAAGCUUUUGGGAUUCGAGAUGAUCCUAGGGAUGGAAAGCUUUUUACAUUGUCAACAAAUACAUUUCGAAAAUCCAAAACUUCAAAGUUUGGAAUUGAAGAAGAUAUUUCAGACAAGAAGCCUAAUCUGAAACAAAUGCCUUCAACACUCAAACCGUUACAGAAGCAGUAUAGAACAAACCAAGCAAAUCCUAAACUGACCCCAACUCCUAUCCUGACUCGGCACCCAAGGUUUGGCAUUCAUGAGGAAUCAAUUAAUAGAGUACCAGUACGAACCCAAUUGGCUGCUGACUCAUCACAAGAAACAGAUAGGAGUCUGAUUAUUAUGGAAAAUCCCACGCAUCAACUACCAGAACUUGCAGUUACACACAACCAGUCUAUCGGUGUUGCUAAACACGUUCAAAAGGAAGAUGCUACAAAUGAUAAUGCAGAAAGCUUGACUAAAAGAAAACCACCAACCCGAUUAGAAAAUCAACGAAUGAAAACCCAAAAGUGGAAGGAAAAGUCUUUUGCACGAAACCAAAAGAAGAUUACUAAAGACAGGAUUCAAAGAAAGGGCAAUGCGAUACGUUUAGUUGGCUCUUCGUCUUCCGAAGCAGAAUGUUCAGACACUCUGUUUGAUGAGUAUGAGGUUGAUAAGGAGGAAAAUGAAGAGGGUUUAUUUGUCGAUCAGGAAGAUACUGAAAAUGAACAGGAACAUGAAAAUAAACAGCCUCUUGGUAAAGAUCAUGAGGUUUGCGUGCUGCAAGAAGCAAUGGAAACCACGAUAGAAAAACAUACCGAAAAUAAACCAUUUGAGAUGAAUAAGCUUAGCAAUGAAUCCCAGUUGAUACAAGACGUAGGCGCACAAAAGUUACUGGAAGGCGAGUAUUUUGUUCAAAGAACUAUUCAGUCUCAGCAACGAUGCUCAGACGAAAAUGACGAAGAAAUUAUCAACAAAGUUUUGAUAGAGAAUACGAGAAUUGAAAAAAGUGAAGAACCUAUGCAAAAACAAAAGCACGAACAGGUUUCAAGAAGUUUUGAGAUGCAAGAUGCUUUGGAUGAUGAUAAUAAUACUAAGAAAAAGGUUUUUGUUGAGAAGUCCGUAAAGACUUAUGAAUUGCUGCAGUAUAUGUCCGAAGACCUCGAAGUGAUACUGGUUGAUAACAAGAAGCAAAAUAUAAAAGAGGUUACUGUUGAUGAAAGUGUCGAGAGCUUGGAUCUUAUGGAAAAAGAUAUUGAGCAAUUUGAUUCUUUAUUUCAAAAUGUGCAUCAUCAAGACAAAGAAGAAGAUGAUUUGAGUGUAGAACAGGAUGCAGCGGAGACUCCAGUCAAAAUAUCUAGAGUAGAGCUGUCAGAUAGCAUGAGUGGGGAGUCAGGAUCUGAACCUGAACCUGUUUUAUUGCGACAAACUGACGAUGUUCCUGAAGCACCUACAAGAAACAAGGCCCUAACUGCCCACGACAAAACUCUUUUGAGUAAUAACACACUUGCCGCGGUUGAAACAUCGUCCACCUUUUAUGGUUCGUCAAAGUACUCUUAUGACGAUUGUGCAGCAGAAGCAGAAGCAGAAGCAGAAGCAAAAAUAACCAACGAAAAUGAUGACGUAACAUGUAACUCUCCCGUACACAUAGAGCCAAACACCGUAAUGCCUGAGAGUUCUGAUAGUAUGCUUGUCAGUGAUACCAAGCAUGUUAAUGAAAAUGCCUAUAAUCAAACAGAGACUAAGUUGGAUGAUUGCGUAAUGAUUACAUCUAGGGGCACACCACCACCUCCAAAAAUCAAUACAACGAUUGGUAACGAGUCCGAACCAGCUGAACAGUUUUCUGAAGACAACCUCAUUACAAGCACACAGAACGUUUCUGAAAGAUAUCACGAACAAGAGCAAGAUCAAGGUACCACUUGUAAAAAUGAUGAAACCUACUCUCUGAGUACUAGUAAACGCAAGCUAUUACAACCACUUGAAGAUGAUGUGUCAAACAGAGACGUGUUUUCAAAACUGGUUUACUCCAAUCAAAGCCCUCAAAAAAGUUGCAUUUUAGAAAGUGCCCAGUUACCUGCCGUACUGUCCACUCUCAGCGAAGGCAGAACGCUUCCUUGCUAUCUUGACAUAAUAAGAGGUCUUCCAAUGGAAGAUAAAGCAUGGUCUUUGGAGAGUAACUCUAAAGACAAUCUUCCCAACAUAAGAGAUAUUUUUGAUCAACUUUCUAGAACCAGGUCUUCCACCACAAAUGACAAAACUGAUGUCAACGUUGUUGAAGUUGAAAAAACAAUUUCUCAGGUACACUCACAGAAUUCUACUUGUGGUGCAAGUGCCUUCACGCAAGUGUGUUUACCAUCUUCCGAACACAGAAAUCAACCAGAGUCCAAGCAAUACGAUGCUGGUGCUAAAUUGAACAACUCUAGUCUUGAUAAUAGUUCCGACAAAAGUUUUGACACGGGUCAAAAGACAAACUUGAUUAAAGGUAUGUCCGGCAAUAGCGAUAACAAUAGCGAUAACAAUAGCAAUAGCAAUAGCAAUAACAACAGCCCAAACUUCAAAAAAAGAAAACAUGAGGAGAACGAAACUUCAGAUAAACAGAAAAACGAACCCAAAAAGACCAAGCAAAAGAGAAGAAGACGCCAACGAAAGAAGAAAAAGACAAAUGGAAGUACCGAAACGUGA